AGCAGCUGUUGAGCUGUUUAGCGGGGUCUCGACAACAACAAGCGCAAGACUUUCCUUAUUUUAAACACUUAUACUAAUACUGGUCGCUACUUUUAUCUUUUUUAACUAUCUAUCCAACAUGCUCUCCUCUCUUCCGCUGUGUUCAGACUGGAUGCUAAAUGCUAAUCAGUAACUUCGCCUGAGAGUAUUAUGUAACAUUAACGGACGACGGGGUGGGUUCUUAAGAUGAGCUACCCAGGAUACCCUCCUCAGUCUGGUGGAUACCCACCACAGGCAGGGGGCUACCCACCUCAACCAGGAGCAUAUCCACCCCAAGCAGGCGGCUACCCACCAGCAGCAGGCGGCUACCCCCCGGCAGCAGGAGGCUACCCUCCGGCAGCAGGAGGCUACCCCCCACAGGCAGGUGGAUACCCACCCCAAGCUGGCGGUUACCCUCCAGCAGCGGGCGGUUACCCUCCAGCAGCGGGGGGCUACCCUCCCCAGGCAGGUGGCUACCCUGCCCCAGCUGGAGGCUUCCCUCCACAGGCAGGAGGAGGAUACCCACAACAGCCUGGAGCAGGAGGUUAUCCUUCCAUGCCUCCGUCAGGUGGAGGCUGGGGUGCAGCACCAGGCGGAUAUGGCGCGCCAGGAGGAGCUCAGCAGGGAUACCCAGGAGGCCCUGCCCCAGGCCAACCCAUGCCAAAUUACCCUGGUGCCCCUGCAGCUAACCCCUCAAUGCCUGGAUAUGGAAGUGGAGUUCCCUCCAACCAUCAGGCACCUGCCAUUUCUAAAGGGUUCAGGGGCUCUAUUAAAGACUUUCCAGGGGCCGAUCCACUGAGAGAUGUUGAAGUUCUUCGAAAGGCUAUGAAGGGUUUCGGCACUGAUGAAAGCGCCAUUAUUGAACUUCUGGGAAGUCGUUCCAGCAGGCAGAGGGUUCCAAUGGUGGCCGCCUACAAAACCACUUACGGAAAGGAUUUAUUCCAUGAUCUGAAGUCUGAGCUCACUGGAAACUUUGAGAAACUGGUUCUUGCCAUGCUAAUGACCCCUGCGCACUAUGACGCAGCUGAACUCAGAGAGGCUAUAAAGGGUGCAGGAACUGAUGAAGCUUGUCUGAUUGAGAUUCUUUCAUCACGCUCCAACGCAGAGAUUCGUGAAAUCACCACAAUCUACAAAGCUCAGUAUGGGAAGAGCCUGGAGGACGCCAUCAGCAACGACACCUCCGGCCACUUCCGCCGACUCCUGGUCUCUCUCUGUCAGGGAAAUCGUGAUGAAAGGGAGACUGUUGACAUCUCUCUGGCCAAACAGGACGCUCAGAAACUGUAUGCUGCUGGAGAAAAUAAAGUUGGAACUGAUGAGUCUCAGUUUAAUGCCAUCCUGUGUGCUCGCAGCAAGCCUCACCUUCGGGCAGUCUUCCAGGAGUACCAGCAGAUGUGUGGGAGAGACAUUGAGAAGAGCAUCUGCAGGGAAAUGUCUGGCCAUGUGGAGGAUGGCAUGGUGGCUGUGGUGAAAUGCAUCAAGAACACCCCUGUCUACUUUGCAGAGAGGCUCCACAAGUCCAUGAAGGGCGCUGGGACCAUGGACAGAACCCUGAUCCGUAUCAUGGUGUCCCGCUCUGAGACUGAUAUGUUGGACAUCAGACAGGAGUAUUUGAAGAAGUACGGAAAAUCUCUGUACACUCACAUCUCGGGCGACACCUCUGGGGAUUACAAGAAGCUGCUGCUGAAGCUGUGCGGGGGUAGCGACUGAAAAGAGAAGACAACUUCUCCUAAGGGCAAUGUAUAUGUCCACACUGAAACAAUGUUGUAGAACCUUAUAUCACCUCUGAUGCAUGCCGUUAAUGUUAGUUUUCCUAUAACAACAGUAAAUCAAUGUUAGUUUUGUAUUCUCUCUGAUGACAUGAUAGUUUUGUUUUGCUACUGUAUGAUUGCCAAAUAGUAAAAAUAUAUAUACAUAUUAAUAUGAAGAUUUUUAAAGACACAGUAGAUAGCUUUAUCUUUAUUAGAUUAGAGGUGGAGGCCUAUAGCCAAAAGUGGGUGCCUGAAAAUUCAAUUUUUAAUUUAAAAAACAAAGUAUGUUAUAGAGCAGUCCAACAAACUGCUAAUUGUAAAGUCUGAUUCUUUCUGAAUUUAGAUGAAUAGAGUUUCACAAAAAAAAACUAAAACUGCAGAACAAGGAGACUGACUCAUUUAUCUAUAAAGUACACAUACAAGGAAUCAUUCAACACAGUACUUUAUAAAAUGUGUUAUUUUAGUGUUACUGUGGCAGAGUUUACCUCACUGCCAAGCAUUUCAACUAUGUUAAAAAAAAAAGCUGUGCGAGACUGUUAAGCAAGUUUAAGCAAUUUCAAUAUAACUGGAUCUUAUACAGCAUAGAUAUGAUCAUUUUAUGCUUGUUUAUCUGGUGUCAAUUAAAUUCCAGGUAAUUUUUCAAUGUAAAAAAAAAAAAAAAUAAAUAAAGAUCUGCUAAGGGGCAUUUCCUCCAUCUCCA